AUGGAUGAUCAAGUGAGUAAAAUAUCUGAAUUGAAACUGACUGUUGCAAAGUUGCAACCUUUAGCUGAAAUGAAUGCAGAAGAUAUUGUGCAUAUUAAGAAUGGCAACUUCCAAGUAGUUCUUGGUUCUCCGGAAACUAUUCUUAAGACGUACUGGAAAGAUGUGUUUCUGUCGUCUGUUUGGCAGGACAGGGUGCAGUUGAUCGCUGUUGAUGAAGCUCACUGCAUAUCAGAAUGGGGUGGUGAUUUUAGAACGGAUUACAGAAUGAUACACGAAUUAAGAAGCAUUUUUCAUUGCCCUGUGAUGGCACUGGCAGCCACAACGACGGCAACUGUGAAAAAUGAUAUUUUGAAGCAUCUUCAGUUGCCCGACAUUUCUACUGAUAUCGUUGCUCUGAAACCGGAUCGACCGAACAUAUUUAUUGACAUGCAACUUAAGACCAGUCGACAGUAUACAGAGCCCCUUAGUUGGUUAAUUGCUAACUUAAGGGAGAUGAAGCAGGCGGCUAAAACGCUUGUGUACUGUCGAAGUGUGAACUCUGUAUCGGAAAUAGUUUUAUUGUUGAAAGAGGAAUUGGGUGAUGAUGCAUAUGUGGACAGAAUAAAAGACUCAGAGCAUAUCUUAAUAGAGAUGUUUCACAAGUCCACUCAUGCGAAUUCCAAAAAACGAAUAAUCGAUUCCUUCAAAAAGUCCGACAGCAACAUAAGAUGCCUGAUAGCGACAGUAGCGUUAGGCAUGGGACUUGACAUACCAAAAUCAGUCUUAUCGUACUGGCAAGAACUAGGAAGGUGUGCAAGAGACGGGCGAAAAGGAUAUGCCCUGACAGUGUAUGAUAAUUUAACUUUGUGUCAGAAAAACACAGACAAGGACAUGGCUGAAAUUGUCCGAAAUGCCAACAAUGUCUGUUUGCUGCCACUCAACUGCCGCCAGUCAGGACAAUUCGAAGAGCCAUCCGCAGAACUAAGCUACAAACCAGUCAUCCUAUAG